AUGAUACGACGUCUACGUGGUCAAAAUAAACAAAAUAUUUAUAUGCCAAUCAAAGAUAAAGACGAUCGUCUUCUAACAACAUCUACGGAACGAGUAAAUCGAUGGCGAGAAUAUUUUUAUGAACUUUUCAACGUGCCAACCAAUGUAGAUCCAACAUUCAUUCAAGAAAUCUCAACACCGGAUAUUGAUCCAACUGAAAAAGAACGACAAGAAAAAACUCCAACGUUACAGGAGGUUGUUGAAGCUAUUAAACAAAUGAAAAACCAUAGAGCACCAGGUAAAGAUAAUCUAACAGCAGAAAUUUUCAAAGCAGGAGGAAUAACAGUGGAGAAAUGGUUACAUGAAAUAAUUUAUGACAUAUGGACAAAAGAAGCAAUAGUUAGAGACUGGACACUUGCGACACUCACUCGACUGUACAAGGACAAGGGUGAUAAACAAAUAUGCGAUAAUUAUCGUGAUAAACAGUGCUGGCCAAAAGUCCCUCACCCCCCUGAACGUCACUCAUAAUAAGAGCUAGACAGCUGAAAUUUUGUGUGUAUAUACUUUAUGAUGAAUUCUGAUCAUAGGCACAAGCCCCGUCAUAAUUGCUCGAGUUAGAAUGGAGUUAUAAUAGGUAGUAGUCAUGUCCCUUGUGAAACCCAUAAUUCGAGAAACGAAAGACCUUUUGAGUCGGCCAACAUCUCAUUAUGUAGCACUCUAUUCUAGCUAUCUACAAUAUAAAUUUCAGUGAAGUUUAUAGAGGCGUUGUAGAGUUAUGACCAUUUUACUGUAAUCAUUGAUGUCCACGAAAACCAUGUAAUGACAUUGUGAAAUUCAUAACUCAGUGAAAGCUUAAUGGAUCCAAGUGAAAUUUUCAGAAGAUGCUUUCUAACAGUUGCCCAUUAGUUCCUGAAAGUUUCAAAAGCAAACAUUGCAUUAGAAGAAAAUGGCACAUUGCUCAUUAUCAGGUACUUGUCAAAGCUCUAGAAGUCCGAAUUCUCGAGCAAAUGUACUCAUUUUUUUACCAAUGAAAGAUAAUAUCUGGGGCUUCAUUUUUGUACUAAAAUAUUGAUAAUUACUUUUGGAUUUAAUAAAAUAAAGCAAAAAUGUUUUAUAGGUACUUUUUUUCAUGUUGUCAGUAACAAUAAGAAAAUGCUGUCAUAUGACAGUAUAUCAUUAGAAAAGUCUUUUGAAACACCUCAGAGGUCUUCAGAAAUAUUUAAAGGCAAACCUGUGGAGCUCUCUAAGAAGUUGCAAAUCACUAUUUGAUAGUAAAUCAUAUGUUGCACACAUCAGACAAUCAUAAGAGCCAUUUUAAAAUAACAUAUUUUUGAAAUAGCAUCCUUAUUGAUUGGACUAUGGUAUAUUUGGAUAUAUUAGUGAGGAAUUUUAUUGCAAAUAUUAAUAAUUCUAAACCGAAUAUGUCUUUGUGUAACGCAAACAGGAAAAUUGUCUUGAUCUGUGGAGUUUGCGAACGGCCUGAAAAGACUUUUCUAAUGAUAUACUGUCAUAUGACAGCAUUUUCUUAUUGUUACUGACAACAUGAAAAGGUACCUAUAAAUAUUUUUGCUUUAUUUUAUUAAAUCCACGAGUAAUUAUCAAUAUUUUAGUACAAAAAUGAAGCCCCAGAUAUUAUCUUUCAUUGGAAAAAAAUGAGUACAUUUGCUCGAGAAUUCGGACUUCUAGAGCUUUGACAAGUACCUGAUGAUGAGCAAUGUGCCAUUUUCUUCUAAUGCAAUGUUUGCUUUUGAAACUUUCAGGAACUAAUAGUCCGAACUCUUUUCAGAAUAUUUAUAUCUCAUUAGAAUCUACAUGAUACAUAUUAGUCCCAACUCGCAAGCGAUUUGACUUUUAGAGACACAUGCGAUUUUAUUUUUUCUUAACAUACUCUUCGAUUUCCCAUGUACUCCAUAGUUGAUUUACAGCUAAAAUAACCAUUCCAAUAUAUUUUCUCAUCCAUUCUAAUCGAUUUUGUUUAAAACGAUAAUAAAAAAUAGCUUCUUUUGUUAACAAACGAUUUGAAUGUUUCAACUUUUUCAUUACAUUGAAUUGAAUUUAAAAAAUUCCUUUUUUUCUUUUUCUAAUGAUAUCAUUGCUGCAUACUAUGGGUUAUUUAAUUUCAAUCUGAAUUUAAACAGAAAAAAAAACACUUGAUUUCAAAUUGAAAUAAGGGACUAAGGGACUAAGGGACUAAAGGGACUAAGGGACUAAAGGGAC